UGAUUAAUUUUGCUUCCUUUCCUCCUCUUUCGAUCUGACCUUUCUCACUCUCCUUUCAAGCUCCACAAGCUUUCUGUACCUUCAUCCACCACCGCCUCUCAUUAGAUCCCUAGAUUUAACCACAAUAAUUUAUCCCAGCCACCUCCGCCACCGCCACCCAACUACCGCUUCGAACCAACAUACGAAAUUCUCAUUUUAUUUAUUUAUUUAUUUCCCGCUCGUUCGCACCGCAACGCUGCCGUUGGGCACUUUGAACUUGGAGAUUUUUGAUAUGUUUCCGACAGUUAUCAACUGCUGAAUUGGAAAUUCGAGCUCCGUAUCAGGACUUCACAUUGCAAUUAGGAGUUUUUCGCCUCUGCUUCGCCACAUUGCAGUUACAUUUGCAAUCGAUUGGAUGAAAUUGAGGUACUGAAAAUCUGCCAGCUAAGCAUAAUGGCAUUGUUUGCAUCAAAGGGAGUGGUGAUUUCAGUUCCGGUCCUUGUUCUUUCAGUAUCUGCUGCCGCAACCCUCCUAUUCUUCUUGCUCUUUGCCUCUUCAUCCUCCCCUCCUUCUUGCUCUUGCCCCACUCUAGCUAACCGAAAUGCGGAGCGCGUCUCUACUUCAGCUGAGGAUAUAGAUUGGGUGAAGAGCCAAAUUGUAGCCAAUGGAUUGCACAUGCAACAGAAUAUUCUACGUAAAGGCAUAAACCCCCGCACACGUCAGCAGCAACUCGAGGACCUCAUUCAUUACAAAGGCAUAUCGCACUACGAAGGAGAACAAGAAGCAAACAACCACACCGCCCUUCCUUGCCCAGGCGAACUACUCGUCGAAGAGCACCACAGCAAUUACGGUGAGCCUUGGGCAGGUGGAAGAGACGUGUUCGAAUUUCUCGCAGAGUCGGCCAAACUGAAACCCGAUUCGAAAGUGCUCGAGAUUGGAUGUGGGACACUUCGUGUCGGGCUGCAUUUCAUCCGGUUCUUAAACCCCGAGCAUUUUCAUUGCCUGGAGAGAGACGAGCUUUCUCUGAUGGCUGCGCUUCGCUAUGAGCUUCCUUCUCAGGGUUUAUUGCACAAACGCCCUUUGAUUGUAAGAGGCGAAGAUAUGGAUUUUAGCAAGUUUGGUCCUGAUGGUACUAUGUACAGUUUGAUAUAUGCCAGUGCUGUUUUUCUUCAUAUGCCCGACAAACUUGUUUGGACUGGCUUGGAGCGGUUGGCAAGUAGACUGAAACCUUUGGAAGGUCGGAUUUUUGUCUCGCAUAAUAUCAAGUUCUGUUCUCGUUUGGGAGGUGAUGAGUGCACGAAAAGGCUGAAUGGUUUAGGGCUUGAGUACCGUGGCAAGCACAUUCAUGAUAGUUUGCUCUUCAACCACUACGAGAUAUGGUUCGAGUUUAGGCGAUUUAAGGAGGCUUAAAGUUUAAAGAAUCAAUGUGGUAUUUGUUUAUUUGUAGUUUGAAGCAAGCAACCGGCGGUGACAAAGAACAUUAUUUGCUGAAGAGGCAAAAUUUGGCGGUAUAUAUGCUCUCUGGUUUUGUUUAAUCGUUUAUUCCAUUCACAAGCAAGAAUUAUUCGUUUUGAUGUAAGAUUGUUGAAAAGAGCGAAUUGAGAACAAUAUUGUUGUAGUCACAGGAUGAACCAUCAAGUGGAAUAUUCAUUUUUUCUUGUGUGUAUCUAUCUACAUAUGUUGCU